UUCGAUGAUUGGCUUCGAGACGCGCCCCGCCGCGCCUGCCAUUGAUUCGAGGCGGCGCUGCCGUUGCGGCAGCCCGAUCGUCGCGCGACGCGCGCGCUGAGCCACCAGCAAUCGCGCCACCGCUGCCCGCACGCUGCCCAUGGCAUCGGACGACUCCUACCUGCGCAGCCUGAGCUCGCUGAGCUGCGGCCUGCUGGACGGAUUGUGCCAGGCCGAGGACGAGGAGGAGUUUUCGGCGGAGGAGCAGCUGCCCGAGCCGGAAGAGGAGGCACCCGAGAGCGAGGAGGAAGAGGACUUCGCUCCGCGCGUCGUGAAACCCGUCUCGACGCCGACGCCCAAGAAGCGCGUCGCCGUUUCCAGAGAUGCCAUCGAGACCUUCAAAGAACAUUUGAGGAAGGGGUUAGCUGUGACCAAACAUUGCAGCAACGGCAAGACGAAACCGCGCGUCCUCUUCUGCGACGACGCGUGUUCCAAACUCGGCUGGCAGAAGCCGAACGGCACGCCGGCCAAGAACACUGAUCUACUACCCUUGCGGUCCGUCGUCGAAAUUCGAGCUGGGGUGGAAAUCGACAAGCAGGGCAGUCGCGAGGACCCCAAGGGCCGGACCCUCAUGGGCACGCCGACGCUACGGAAAUGCAUCGACGGGACGUCGGCGCGGCGCGUCUUCUCCUUCAUCUUCCGGGACCGGACUUUAGAUCUGGAGUUCAGCACGGAGGAGGAGUGCCGGCGCAAUUUGAGACUGUUCAAGGUGCUCGUGGCGGAGGCGUCGAAGUAGUCCUCGUGAGGCGUGGGUAGUAAUUCUUGCGUUAGGCCUGGCUCGUCGGCGGCGUCGUCGCGAGCAUGAUCUCUCGCGCGGAC